GAGCGGCGCGUCGGUGUCCAGCGCCGACAAGGAGAAGAUGGUCAGAAGCAUGCAGGAGAUGUUCUCACACCUGGACCCAGAAGUUAUUUACAUCGUGCUCUCCGAGUGUGACUUUAAAGGUGACCCGACACACGGAAGGCAGCUGUCAAACCUGCUGUGUAACUCUGGGGGAAAAGUAGCCACUGUAACUUGGCUAACCAGUUAGCUAAGUGUAGCUUGUUGUCAGCGCAGCUUACUGUACGAGAUUACUUCACUGUUAAUAGUAAAGCUCCGUAUGUGUCGUUGACAUGAGUACAACUUAAAGCUGCACCCUUUACUUGUUUUUGUUUACACACCCGGGCACCCUCUUCCACCUGUUGCACCUGUGUAGAGCUAUGGAAAUGCUAAAUUAUAGAUAUUCAUUAUAGGUAAAUGAGAGAUCCUGUAUGUUUACUUAAAAGACAGCAAGUGAUUCCAUAAUCAGUUAGGCUCAAUUAAAGAAAAAAUGAAAAAAGAAAUAUUUAAUUGGUGUCUUUUCAACUGCAUAGGGGUGUUAAACUCAUAUUAGUAGUAAUUUGAUCUUAAGUGUACUGGACCAGUAAAAUCACAGCAUAAUAACCUAUAUAUAAUUUAAAAUCUUUCCCUCUGUUUUAGUGCAAAAAGUGCAUUCUUUUUACAAAACAUUACAGACAACCUGAAAUUUCUUUAGAAAAAUCUGUGCAAUUUCAACAGUAUUGUCCCUCAGUUUGUCAUUUAUACAUUAUAACUUACCGAUCACAGUGUGUCUGCAAAACAUUUAGUCACAGGUAUCUGGGACUAAAGAAUGCAGUAUUUUACUUUAUGAUCAAACCAACGUGUCAAGUUCGAGAAAUUAUUCUAAAUUUACAUUCAUUUUCAUAUCUGUGUAGUAAUCCUGACCACCUGAACUGACAUACCUUACAAACUAAAGUGAGAACUAUUAAGGAAGAAGGUUAAGUGCCUUGGAAAUGUGUAAAAUAUAUAUGUAAAAAAUGAAUAGAAGUUGUGGCAGUGCAGUGGACAAAUGUAAAAUAGCAAUUAAUUUUUUUGAAAAAUUGCAGUUAAUGUCAUCUAUGUAAGUUUUUCAGUUUGCAAAGUCGUCCCACGGGCCGGAUUGGACCUUCUGGUGGUCCAGUUUUGGCCAUAUGUUUGACACCCCUAACAAAGAGGAGUCAAGUUGAAAAUGCGAUGGACUCCCUCCUGGAGCUGUCUGUGGCAGCAGAAGAUGCAGUCCCGAUCCCUCCUCCUGUUUCUGGCUUCGAGCGCACUGCUGCAGCCCUGCUCAGUCCAAGGCACUUUUCUAAACCAGCUCCAGACCCAGACUUCUCCAAACCAUCGCAGCAGCCUUCAUCUCCUCCCUCCAUGAACCUCCUGACAGAAGAGUUGGACCUGCUAGUUGAUCAGGAGCUACAGUCUCUAACUGCACUGCAAGAUCAAAAGGAGGAGCAUCAUAACAGCAAGUAUUUACCUGCUGGUACAUCCCUUUCGUCUUUCCCUCCACCACCUGUCCCUCAGCAGGCCCUCCCUGAGCUGCUUCAGUCCAGCCUGGAGCCUGGAUUCAGAGGGCCCUCUGCCGAGCAGCCAGGCCCAGUGGGAGGCUUGUCUGGAGUUUCCUCUCCCCUAAACCAGCUCAGCACGUGGGAAGACGACAUUGUUGAGGGGCAGCAAUCGGUUUUGGAUUUCACACACCUGACAACAGACACAUCUGCAGACAAGCCCAAACCUCCUCUGGACUUGGCAGCCUCUGGGCGUCCUUCAGCUUUUCAGGUGUAUAAAAAGCAAGACCCUCCACACACGCUUUCAGAAAGGACUGGGCUCAUGCAGCCUGAGGCGGUAGCCGGUGGAGCAAGAUCUAAGGUCAGCAUGCUUAACUCCCCUUGGAACCCAGAGGCCCCAAUUUUUUUGCCUCGUAUCCAUGGAAACCAGGGCCCGACCUUCAUUACUCCUGUGGCCCAGUCCUCCUUCAACUGGUCCAGCCAGCCCAGGCAUGCCUCUCCCUGGCUGAGUCAGGGCCCUGUCAGUCAGGCACCUCUCAAACCUUCUGCUACUAUUCCAAAGUCGUGGGCCGUACCUGCUGCUCCACAGGUCUCUGCUAAGUUCAGCAGGCUUCAUUUGGAUGGGAAGCUGCUGGUGCUGCUCCGGGGAGCUCCAGGAUCUGGCAAGUCAACCUUGGCAAGAGCCUUGCUGGAGCAUAACCCAGGCGGAGUCAUACUCAGCACUGAUGACUAUUACUACCAUAAUGGAACUUAUCAAUUUGACCCCACUACCUUGGGCGAGGCCCAUGAGUGGAACCAUAAACGAGCCAAGGAGGCUUUUAAGAAGGGAACUAAACCUAUCAUCAUUGACAAUACCAACAUGCAGAGCUGGGAGAUGAGACCCUAUGUAGUUCAGGCACUAAAACAUGGAUAUAAGGUGCUGUUCAGAGAGCCGGACACCUGGUGGAAGAACAAACCCAAAGAGCUGGAGAGACGUACCACACAUGAUGUACCAGUGGAAACAAUCCGCCGCAUGCUUAAUGGAUACGAGCGCUUCGUCACGAUCCAGGCGAUUAUGGGCUCAACGAUGCCUGAGCGGAAACAGCAGCUCCUUCUGGAGAACAGAGACUCACAGCCACUGUCUCUUGAAACACCUUGUCCUGACCUCGUAGAUCAGCCUGGAUUGACUGAGAAAUGUAAGAAAUCCCGUCCUCAGCUGUUUUCCUCACUCCCCGAUGUGUCAUCUGUUGGUCGCUCUGGAGAGGUGGGAAUGCUUGAAGACAGCACCCACAAAUCCACCGAAUCGCUCAAUGUCCAACUCAGUGAAAGAUCUACGGACAACCUUGACAUUUCUGAUGGGAACGACGUUGAUUUAGGGGACUUAGAUUCUGAACUGGACGACCAGUUGAGCCAGCUGAAUCGUCCAAAUGGAGACCAGAGAAUCCCAGACUGCAUUGUGGAAUCAGUGAUGAAUGAAGAUUCAUGCGAAACUGAAAAGCCUGUUGCCUUCUCUGAAUCUAUUGGACAGAGAGUGAAGAGAGAAAGGCCGAGCAGGAGGUCUGGUUUCGACAACAUGGAGCCUGCAGAUCUAGUAAAAGAUACUAACCAGGAAAAGACAAAAGUAGAGAAAUCAGAAGGGGCUGAGUUAGCAGCACACAUGGGAGAGGAAGAAAGGCAUAAGAUGUUGAAUUUUGUAGGAGACUGGCCUUCUGAAGGAUCUCUUGAGCAGCGACAGGUGAGAAAAAGAAAAACCCGUGUAGAAGUACAUGGGAGCGAAGAUGAAGAUGCAUCUCAAGAAUGCAAUGACCAUGAAAAACAGCAAGCACACACUCGGGCCCUGAUUUAACCGAGCUUCAGAAACUUUUUGAUCUUAUCCAGACAGGCAUAGUUGCAGCUGAACCCAGCUCUUCCCGCUCAUGCUCCAUUUCGCUGAGUUCUGGAGAGGAAUUGGAGAGAGAGGAUGAGGCAGGUGGCUUGCUUGAGGA